GGUACUUGUCAAUUGUUCACAUUGCGCGUGUCAGUGUCGAAGAACGAUUUGUGUAGCAAUAACAACGAUCAUGACCAGCUGAGAAGCAUCCCUCGGCGAAUAUGCCUUCCGUGACUGCUGCUGCGACGCCAACAGCCUCAGUACCUGCCUCAGCAAUGCCUCUCAUCUCACCAAAUGCUCUCCUACAUGCGCACUUGAAGCAGAAUCCUCCUCGACGUCCUUCAAACCGCGCUCCUUCCGAACCCCGCCCCAUACAGCUCAACACUGGCUCGCUUACUCACUGCAAUGGAUCCUCACUUGUCAAAGUUGGAGCAACCACCAUCGUCUGUGGUGUCCGAGCGGAGAUCUUACCCGUAACCGAGAUUCCCAGCUUCAGAAUAACCAAGACCUCCUCCUCGUACAAUCCUGCCGCUCCUGUGCGACGAGACGACCGGUAUGAAGACGACGAAGGAAACGAUGAGAAUGCCGCAAUCCCUCUCUACCAUCUCGUGGUACCAAACAUUGAAUUAGCAACAGGCUGUUCGCCUAAACACCCUGCCAAUACCGCUCCGUCAAUCGAAGCACAAUCAGUUUCACAGCGCCUCCUGUCCCUACUCCACACGUCUCACCUUGUCCGAUCCUCUGACCUCGAAAUCAUCUACACGCCUCCUGCAGAAACACAAGACACAGAGUUGGGCAUCGAUGGAGACCCUCAACUCAAGGCAUACUGGACGUUGUAUAUUGACAUGAUGUGCAUCAGUUAUGGCGGCUCAAUCUUCGACGCUGCAUGGCUGGCUCUGUAUGCGGCAUUGAAAGACACACUACUUCCAAAGGCUUGGUGGGAUGCUGAUCUUGAACAAGUGUUGUGUUUGACCGAAGUCGAUGAUGCACAGAAGCUACGAUUGAGAGGAAUGCCGGUACCUAGCAGUUUUGGUGUUUUCAUACCGGAGCUACGGCUGACUCGUGGAGGGGCUCAAGAGAACCAGUAUUGGAUCCUUAUGGACAUGGAUGGAUUCGAAGAAGGCUCUUGCAUCGAGACAGGUGCAAUUACGGUCGAUGCUGGGGGAGCAGAUGGAUCGCUUGCACUGCUACGUAUUGAGAACUCUGGCGGAUUGAUUCUUGGUGCCGAAAAGAUGGCUGAAAUUGCCACAUUUGCCGAGCGGAGAUGGUAUCAAUGGAAGAAUGUUCUGGAUAAUGCACUGAUGGCGUCCUGAGUUGAUACACAUAAUAAAAUUCACACUGGAGUGACGACCUGGGAAUGGAAAGACCUCUCAAGUCAAAGAGCUUGUCAGUGCAGAUGACGUGGGAGUGCUCCUCAGCUACAAAUGGAGAAAUGGAGAAGAGUAUGGUAUCAUGUCUCUAGCGACUGUCAAAGACAAUAUGAUGCAGAAAAACAGGCUGCAAGAGACCUAGAUUUGGACUCUACUCAAGCACCAGCGAGACC